CGUAACUUCACACGGUGCUGUCAAAAUCUUCUCGCAAGGCAGAAGGCGACUUGUGAAAAGUUUUGCAAUAGUUUGCAAAUAGAGAAAUUGUCUGGAUUUCCUCAAACCGCAACGAAAACAGCGAUGUCCGCCGUAAAAAUCUUUUCCCUGGCCAAACAGAGCAGCCGAUUGAUUCGUCCGUCAUCAAUUUCGGCCGCUUCUAGGUGCUACAGUUCUCAGCCAAAACCAGCUGCGAUUAAACCGGAAGAAUACUAUUACGUGAACAACAAGGAGAAAAGUAUGGAUAUGAACGAUAUUACCGACCGUGCGGCACAAACGAUCUUCUGGACGGAAUUGUUCCGUGGUGCUGCCGUUACGCUGGCCCACAUAUUCAAGGAACCGGCAACCAUCAAUUAUCCGUUUGAGAAGGGACCACUCAGCCCACGGUUCCGCGGAGAACAUGCGCUGCGUCGCUAUCCGAGUGGCGAAGAACGUUGCAUCGCGUGCAAACUGUGUGAGGCCAUCUGUCCGGCACAGGCAAUCACGAUCGAGGCGGAGGAACGUGCCGAUGGUAGCCGACGUACGACUCGCUACGAUAUCGACAUGACCAAGUGCAUAUACUGUGGCUUCUGUCAGGAGGCUUGCCCGGUCGAUGCCAUUGUCGAGGGACCGAACUUUGAAUUCUCGACCGAAACCCACGAGGAGCUGCUGUACAACAAGGAAAAGCUGUUGACCAAUGGCGACAAAUGGGAGUCGGAAAUCGCCACAAACAUUAACGCCGAUUACUUGUAUCGCUAAAAAAACGAUGCAUAAUAUUUUUUGGGCAGUCCAGUCCCGUGGAUAGCAAAUAUGUAUGAUAAAAAUUAAUUAAAACACUGAAAAAUAAAGCUUCACAGCUU